CAAGAGUCUGACAUGACUACACACACUUUGGUUCCUUCAGGAGAGAAACCAGUCAGUUGCAGUCUGACACCUCACCUGGCAAAUCAUUGCGAGGUGAAACCCUUCAGCUGCAGGGUUUGUGACCAAAGUUUUUCUUUGCAUAUACAGCUAAAAAGACACAAGUGUGUCCUAGAUCAGGCUUCAGAGCUUCUCAACCAGAAUGAGGAGACAGGAGAGGCAGAAAGUGCUGACGAGGCUGAAGAGGAUGGUGUUAGACAAGAACCAAUCAGGAACCCAGGUCCAGAGGGACAAUUGCAAGUAGAGAUUGAGGUCAAGACCGAAGACUCUUCUGAACCCGAUGACAUUGAUGAUCGGAGGGAGAUAAAAGAACAGUCUGGGAUAAACAGUUUGGAUCUUUUUAAAGACGACAGUUCAGAGACUGAUAAGAAAUCACAAAGCUGCUCUGAGUGUGGGAAAACACUGAAAACAAAUCGGGAUCUAAUCAAACACAUGAGAACUCACACAGGAGAGAAACCCUUCAGCUGCUCUUUAUGUGGUAAAAACUUCAGUCAAAGAGGGUAUUUAAAUCAACACUUAAGAACUCAUCUAAAAGAGAAACUCUUUAGCUGCUCCGAGUGCGGGAAAUCCUUUAAACAAAAAGGAAAUCUAAUUCAGCACAAGAGAAUUCAUCUAAAUGAGAAACCCUUCAGCUGCUCUGAGUGUGGCAAAUCCUUCAAACAAAAGGGAUAUCUGAUUCACCACAUGGAAACGCACCAAAAGGAGAAACCCUUCUGCUGCUCUCUGUGUAGUAAAACGUUUUCAAAGAAAGGGCAACUAGCUGCACACAUGGUUGUUCACUCGGGACAGAAACUGUUCAGCUGCUCUGACUGUGGUAAAGGAUUUAAACGGAAGUCUUGUCUGGCCCGGCACGUGGUCGUUCACACAGGAGAGAAACCCUUUACCUGCACUGAGUGUGGAAAAGGAUUUCUCCAAAAAUCUAAACUGACCGCACACAUGUUAGUUCACACGGGAGAGAAACCGUUUGGCUGCCCCGAGUGUGACAAAAGAUUUCACCAAAAGUAUUAUCUGACUGCACACAUGUUAAUUCACUCUAAAGAGAAACCGUUGAGCUGCUCCGAGUGUGAUAAAAUAUUUUACCACAAGUCUAAUCUGGCCACACACCUGGCACAUCACAGAGGAGAGAAACCGUUCAGCUGCAGGGUCUGUGACCAACGCUUCUCUUGGCCCACCCAGUUACAAAGACACAACUGUGUUUCACAUCAGGCUUCAGAGCUUCAACCAAAUAAAACAUCAGAGGAGAAAAGUGAUUCUGAAACAGGAGUCGAUGAAGAGGACUGUGGAGGACCAGAAGCGGACAGGAAUUCAGAUCCAGAGAGACAUUUUGAUAUUAAGGUUGAGGUCAAGACUGAGGACUUCUCUGACUCUGGGAGUGAAGACUGACCAGAUGGUAAAUGGACUUGAGCUUGUAUAUUUAUUUUCUAGUCUUCUGACUUCUCAAAGUGCUUUUACUCCGCAUGUCACACCUACACAUUCACACACUGAUGGUAGAGGCUGCAGUGUAUUAACUCAUCCAUUCAUACACUCACACGUCACCAAUGAAGCAGAGAGCAACUUGGGGUUAAGUGUCUUACCCAAGAACAUAUCAGACAUGUAGCUUCAGCAUCUGGCGAUUGAACCUUUGACCUUCCGAUGGAGAUGGGGCUGACUCCACUGAACCACAGCCGCCUCUUGUAACCUCUGGAGAGACAAAACUCACAGAUGAGUCUUAUAUUGUAAUGUGUGAUUAGGUGCCAUUUUUUUUUAAUUAAGUGUCUUUUUCUCUGCUGCACGGCACAUGCUCGCUUGUGAUUGGACAGGAGCUGAUGACACUUUUAGUAGUUGAACUGCAGAUACAGACUUACCUGGCCUUCAAUCAUCAAUCAAACUUUAUUUAUAUACUGUAGCACCUUUCAGACAAUUACAUUUCAGUUCAAAGUGCUUUACAAAAG